AUGCGGCAUGAUGGCCUCAAGGUGACAGUUAUUUUUGCUGCAGAAAGUACGUUUUCGUUCUCGAGCUGUCGAUUUGCAUCUGUUGCACGCGAACGCACGCCGAAACUGGUUAGGUGCAACUUUGAGGUGAUGCUUGAGCGAACUCACUCAUCAACUGCGUCGCUACAUUCGCCGUCGUCAUCACUGCGCCUUUGGUCGUUUCUCGUCUCGGCGCGAUUCCGCAACAAAGACUGGGUCUGCUACUAUCCGGAAUGGGCAAAGUACAGACCUCCGACGGCGAACCUGAGGCUGAACGAGGUCGAUCCGUUCUUGUGCUCUCACGUGAUCAUUGCCUUCGCUCAAGUGGUGGAAAAUGAGGUCCGCUGGCCUGAAGAAGAUGACGAGCAUACGAUGCUAGACAACGUCAAAACGCUGAAAACGAUAAAUCCGGAUCUCAAGGUUCUGAUCGCUUGUGGAGGCUGGGGCAACAAUUCUGACAUCCUAAGGGAUACUUUUGCCUCUGAAUCUGGCAGAAGAACAUUCGUCACUUCCGCAAAAAUGUUUUUGGAUCAUAAUGGUUUAGAUGGCAUCGACAUCGACUUUGAGUAUCCGACCAGAGAAGAAAAAACCAACUUAACGAACGUCUUGAAGGUUAGGUCUCGAAGAUGAUU